AUGGGUUCAUUACUUGUUGGUAAUAAAUAUAAUGGAAUACGUUUUUCAUGUCGUUUAUCAAAUUAUCCACGCGUAUUAUAUGCAGUAAAACCAUUAUUUUCGAGAACAAUUACAGGAUGGUGGCGUAUCUAUGUUAUACGCAAUCGUAUUUUUCGUGAUCAAUCAAUAGAACCUGUUGUUGAUUCAUCAAUGUAUUUAAACCAAGAUAGUACUGAUAUGAAAAUUAUAUCAUCAGCUAUAUUCUUGAAAUCUGGAGAUAAUUUAGUUAUAGAAUGUGAAGAAAAUCAUGAUUCAAUUUGUAAAUUUUUAAUUUUUUAUGUAUACAAAAAUAUUCAGUAUAAAUAUUUUGCUGAAAAAGAUUCUGUAUGUCGAACUAAUGAUUAUCCAAAUUUAUUUAAAUUAUUACCACCGAUAGGAACUUAUGAAAUAAGUACGCCUUCUCCGCGUAAAUCGCGUAUUGGUGCAUCAACAAUAUUUUUAUUAAUUUGUUUAUUAUUAUUUGUUAUUUGGAUAUCUAUAAUUGUUGGUUGUGUCAUAUCACGUCGUAUACAAGGAUUAGUUAAUAUGCAUACAGAACCAGUAUCUUCAUUUACACCUCGAGAUACAAAACGAGCUGGUUGUUCAAAAACGCAUGGUGUUAAUGAUGGCAAUAGUCAAAGAAUAGCGGCUGAAGGGGAUCAAACAGCUCAAAUGGAUGUCGAACAUAUGGGUUUAAUGAGUUGA